AAUGUUGGUGGGAUGACCACAUACACACCAGGCGGGCAGGUCGUAGUCAAGCCAAUGACCCCUACCAGUGCGAGUGGUCUGUCACCUUCCCCUGACGCCAGUGUCACAAGUAAUACCCACCACUCCAUGUCAGCCCCCAGCACCCCUGGACGUGGUUUCGGUGCUGUAUCGGGUCGGGCGUCCACGCCUCAGGGAAACAGCCACUCACUCAAGCUGGGCAGCCCUUCAGCGCAGGGAAGCCCCGGCAUCAGUUCUGGGGCCCAGGGUGCAAUGCUGUCUCCUCGUCAUCACCUGAGUCCCAGCAUUCCAGCUAGCAGCUGUAGUAGCCCUCACCUCCCCCAGCAUCCCCCUGGUUCUUUCUCUCCGGUCGCCGGCCUCCACUCGCCAGCAUCCGUGUGCAGCAGCACCGGAAACAGCCAAGGGUUCAACUCCCUCAGUGCGCUGCAAGCCCUCAGCCAGGGCCACAGGGUUUCCCAGGGUCUCACAGAGGGCCAGCAUCCAGAUUCACCUGACAGAAAGCUGGCUGGCCUUCAGAGCCCUCUUCACUGCAGCAGCACAGGAAGUAGCCAACUAGCAAAGAACCAUCCCAGCUUAGAGACUGACUUGUUUGGGACUUUUGGAGAGCAGCAAGACUUGUUGUUGUCCCAAAACCAGGAAGGUGAGCAGGGGGAAGGCAAAGACAGUGACCAUGACAUCUUCGACAGUAAUGGAGGUGAGCUCGGCAACACCACAAACCGCCUUCUCAACACCAAAGGGCACACGAAGCUGCUCCAGCUCCUCACUACUAAGCUAGAACCCUCUGAUCCCGGCUCACCGCCGGGGCCCCUCAGGGACGACCAGAACUGUAAGGACCCGCUGAGCAGGGUCGGGGGUGUCGGUGGGGCUGGGCAUAACAACUACUCCACUUCAUUAAAGGAGAAACACAAAAUUCUCCACAGGUUGCUGCAGAACAGCACCUCGCCUGUGGAGCUGGCCAAGCUGACGGCAGAAGCCACCGGAAAAGACGCCAUUGGUCCCGAGUCCGCCUCGGGGGACAACAUGGCCUCGCUGGCUGAACUCUGCGUAAAACAGGAGCCGGGCAGCCCCAAAAAGAAAGACAAUGCGCUGCUACGCUACUUGUUGGACAGGGACGACAACGGCAUCCUGGAUAAAGCGACGAAGAUGGAGCCUGGCGAUGGACCAAAGCUGCCCAACAUUAAGACAGAGAAACAGGAAGUGGGCUUCAACAUGGCGGACCAGACCAGUGAACUUGAGGACCUUCUGGAGGACCUGCAGAGCGGCGGCCAGCAGCAGCUGUUUGGAGCCCAGCCACCAGCUAGAGGACCACCCUCCUCUUCGUCCUCCUCUUCCUCCGUGCCCCCCGGUUCCUCUGUGGAUAAACAAACCAUCAUCAGCGAUAUCCUACACAUGAGCAACAACAACAGCGGCGGCGGAAGCGGCAACAGCAGCCCCCCCAGCCAGCACAGAGCCUUCCCCCCCAUUUGCCCAGCAAGUUUCAGUGGAGCCAGGCCGGGCCAGCCGGGUCGAGGUGCCCCUCCUGUCAGGAGCAUGUCCCUGGACGGCAGUAUGGGCUCCAACCCCAACACCGCCAGGCCUUUCCCUCCUCAUCACAGGAACAUCAGCCCCUACUCCUUACUGCAGCAUCAACAACAGCAAGGCAUGAUGGGAAGUCAUGCAGGCAUGGCCAACCAAGCUACAAUGGCCAACUCAGGCAUGCUGACUAAUGGGUCAAUGCGAGGCUCCAUGCAGCAGAGCUGGGGUCCCCAGGGGCCAAUGGGGGGUCCUGCGGGGCAGAUGAUGGGCCAGGGGAUCGGACCUGGUCGCAUGGUGCCCAGCAUGAACACUGGGCUCCCCACGAGAGGCCCGCCUGGAUCCAGAGCUAUGGUGAACAUUCAGAUGAUGGGAAAUGAGAUGGAGAUGGCAAACCCUGUCUACCCUCAGCAGCAAGCCCCGCCCAACCAGACUGCACCAUGGCCAGACCGAAUGAUGAUGGAUCACUAUGGAAACCAAAGCAGGCCACCGUACGGCGUUCCACAGGCGGAUGGGAUGGGGUGUUGCACCAUGGGGCCCGAGGGCCAGCCAGACGAAGGGGCCCUGCUGAACCAGCUGUGCUCGGUGCUAAAGGACUAUGAGGGUCUAGAGGAGAUUGACAAGAUGCUGGGAAUCCCAACGCUGGCCAGACAGGCUCCUCUGUCGGACCAGGACCAGUACCUGAGCUCCUCAGACCCAGCAGCCAGCAUGAAGCCUCCCCAGUACAGCCAACACUACGGCGGGCAGCCAGGUUAUGGCGGCAUUCCAUCUGAUGGUGGGUUCCACGGACCCUCUAUGGUUGGCCACAUGGGGCCACAAAGGAUGCCCCCUGCUGGUUACCCCCCAAUGAUGAGGAUGCCUGGGGGUGUGGGGCCCAGGUCGGCAGGAAUGAGGCCAGGGGCUCCCAGUGCCGUGGUGCCACCUCAGCCCAACAACCUGAGGCUCCAGCUGCAGCACAGACUCCAGGCCCAACUGGUAGGUCACAACACACGUGUCAGAUCACUCCUCCGUCAGUUCUGCGAUGCUUAUCGACCUCAGACCUGUGGAAUGGGGAACAGACCAUCACAUGCAUCUGUGACUUUCUGCUGAGACGUCGUGGGUUUGUUUACUACAUGUUUCAGUGAUUGUCUCUGUCCAUCAAACCUCCAUCGCAAUUGGUCCAAAGUA